AUGGAAAAUAAUUCUACUGCUAGUUCUUUGCCUUAUUACGAUCCAUCCUGCCUGAACUAUAUUGAAAAUGAUGUUCGGUUUAUGGUAACGACGCCAGAAAUUAUAGCACAAGAAGUGAAUCUUACUGUGUAUAGUAAAGAUGAUUUAGUUGUAGCAGUUAAUACCCUGAAUAACAUUUUGAUUAGUUCUCGUGGCCCAUUGACCUCUGGAUCGCUUGCUUCUUGUAUAAAAACACUUGCAAAGGGGAAUACAGACCUUAUGGCGGCAAAGUAUUUGACUAUUAACGAAGGAGAUGGUCAUAACAGAAUUUAUUCAGUCAAUUUCUCUGAAAAUGGCAAUCAAAUAAUCAGUUCGGUUCUCAAAGGCUUUAAGCCCAGCAUUGGUAAGCUUAAGAAUAAUGGAUUUGAAAAUAAUUGUUAUCUAACAAAUAUUAGGUAUCUUUCGCUACCAUAUUCUGGAUUAUAA